AUGUGGUGGUUGACAAGAUUAGCGUUAAUGUUAGGGUUCUCAACCUCUUCUGUAUCUUCAUAUGAGACUCGUAUCCGAGAUAUUCCUACAAACUUCAAGCAACACACCUUGCCUGCAGUGAAACGUUAUGUUCCACUGGGACAUCCAGCAAUGUUCAGAUGCAUAGGCAUAGAUGAAACUCCAAAUGUUCCAGAAAAGUCGGAGUAUAGAGUAAACUGGUUACUAUGGGUUCAAGAAGGUCAAGCAUAUAACAUGAAGACACAGUUCGAGUCACACAGGGAGCUCCUCGUUUAUCAAGGCAAUGAAACCGCAUUUUACCUGCGUGGGAUGUCAAGGAAGCUUCACCGCGCUAUAAUCGAAUGCCAUCAAUCCGCUACUACUACGCCUAAUCUAGUCAAUCUGACUUCAAGGACAGUGCUAAUAGCGCAAACUUGUGGCGAUGGGAAAGCAAGAAGUCUCAACAAGCUCAAUCCAUGCCGUUACGGUUCCUGUCAUAUCAUAAACGAUCAUGGCUAUGAAAUUCUUGAAUGUCGUUGUUUACCUCAGUUUACUGGAUUGUUUUGUGAUAAGCUAGCAACUGGAGCCACAUUAUAUGAACUCCUGUAUUAUUCUCCUAUUUUCGCAAUGAUUCUCGUGCUAAUUCUCGUCGCUUGUUGUUCCAAAUAUGUUGAAGGAGUAAGCAAAGUGCAUCUUAUGGAGUUGGAAAAGCACGUUCCCAAAGUCGACGGUCACUUAGAUAUGAGAAGUUUAUUUCCCGAAAGUUUUCUGACACCAGAAAAGUAUGCAGAGCUUGCUGCGGAGGAAGCUGAAAUUGUUGAGCCGGGGAAGAGACAGGAGGGUCCUAUUCAAGUAGGAGAGCAAAAGAUGGCUGUGCCAAAAGUUCUUUUGAAACCAAAGAAACCGCGACAAAAGAAGCUACCAACAACAGGGUCAAAGCGCAGAAGCCAACCACCUACUCCCAUUAUAACUACAGCAGCUACUCAACCUAGCCCGUCACCAUCUGCUUACGAACUUUAGCUAUCAUGAUUUCAUUUCUUGCUGUUGAAGAUUAUUUGAUAAUUAGAAGUGGUAUUCACCUAUUUGCUUAUUAUGUUAACA